ACAUCCCCAGCUCAAGACACCGCCCGCUUCCUCAGGCCAACCCCUCGUCACCUUUUGCGACAUCAACAACAGCAAUCAUGGCACAGACUCAGAUGAAAGAGCGUGAGUGGGAGCUCGGCCUGACCUCCGAGGCCCAGAUCCGCCAGGAGAACGGCACGACGGAGCCCUUCGUUGGAUACAGGCUCUUCCGCAGCGUGUGUGGAGAGUUCCUGGGCUGCAUGCUCUUCUUGUUCAUGGUGAUCACCGUUGCCCGGUUUUCGGACGAUCGAACCCAAGAAGGCAUCACGACAGAGGCGACUGCCAACAUCCUCAUGAUCUCGGCCGCCUUCGGCCUGUCCAUCUUCGUACUCGUUUACAUCUUCGCGGACGUUUCAGGCGCCCACCUCAACCCCGCCGUUUCCAUUGGUCUUCUCGUCGGCAAGCGGAUCAGCGUCGAGCGCUUCUUCCUCUACGUUAUUGCUCAAAUGGCAGGGGCUACUGCCGGAGCAGGAAUCGCCUCCACCUUCCUCAGCAGCACACGCGGCGGUUACAAUGCGCUCGCCGACACCGUCUCGGCUGCCGAUGCCUUCGGAGCUGAGGUUCUGUGCACCUUCCUACUGGUGGUGACUGUCUUCGCCGCCUGCGACGGGGAGCUCGGCCGCAAGAACGCCCACACCGGGCCCCUCCUUCCCCUCGUGAUCGGGAUGGCCGUUCUCCUCGCGCACCUGGUAUUGAUCCCCAUCGACGGCGCCUCCAUCAACCCUGCCCGCUCUUUCGCCACGGCCGUCACCAACAACGAGUGGGGCGACCACUGGGUAUUCUGGGUCGGUCCCCUCCUCGGCGGUGUCCUCGCGACUGUCACUUGGGAGGCUAUCCUUCGCCCCGACCAGGUGAUUGAACAGGAAAAGAAAGUCCCCCAGGCCAUCUCGGUCUAAAGGGAUACCUUCAUGAGGACAUGAGCUCCACCAGAAGAUGGGGGUAGCCGGACCGACUCUUUUGUCUCCCGCGGGCAAGCAUAACCAGCUGGGGGCGGGGUUGACCCCAGAGUUGGGAAAGGUUUAAUUGCGACGGAGGAGAAGAGGAACGGCAGUUUUCCCCCGAACAUGGCAAUUGUUUUUGCCGAGUAUUUGUUGCUUGUUUCUUGUUCUUGGACUGUUCGCGUUUUUUAUCUUUUAUACUUUUUUGUCGCCUCUAGGACAUAUCCUUGUUGAUUGCCCGGGAAGUUUUGUUGCUUCCGUGUCGACGAUGUCGACUAGAGCGCGUUUGUUACGACGGUGGCACCGGAACUGGCUUGCCUACUUAUUUUUUGUUAAUCUCUUGUUCCUCUCGAGAGAGAGGAAGGUUUCAGUGAGUUCUGCCUCCUAAAGAACAUGUAGGUACAAACGUCCGAAGGAGUAACAGGUCGGAUGUGGGUUUUUUAUUUGAACGGUUCACGUUUGCGUGCGUAUUCCGACCGUUCCGUGGUGAGGUAGGUGCGAGGUUGCUCCCUGAAAAUGGAAGCAGGGGAUACAAAGCAGGAGCGUGGUAACGGAUGAAUCCAAGCGCUGCGAACCAUGAGAGUUGCUUUAUUCUGUUCCGCAGGCGGGGAAGAAACAUAAAACCUGGUACAUUAGAGUGCGUAUUGGCGUUGAAC